UGCAGCUCCAUAGCCGUGGGUUGCCAACACCUGCUUUCACGACAAUCUUUUGCUGCAGAAGCCAGAGCUGAAGAGUCGCUAUGCUGAAUACUGGUCAUAAUGCAGUCCCCAAUACAGACCAAUUUCAGCACGACAGGUACAAAUACGGCAUGUCAAUUUCAUCAAGAGAAUAAAAAAAAACCGAUGUCUUGUCUUGAAUACACUGCAGUCCUGUAGCAAAGAUGUGGUAAUAGACCAAGGAUUCCUUUGGAAAUAACUGUAAUUAUCUGUUCUAGAACACCUUUGAACCUAUGUUCAACCUGGUAAUUUUUUCAAAUGACUUACAUGAUUCACCUUUAACAAACUUUUUUUUACACCCUUUCAGGAACAAGCGAGCAACAGUGAAGAUGUGAAUUUGACAAACUUUCAUCAGAUCCCUACAGAUUUAGCCCAAGCGAUUAGUCAUGAUGUGAGCCUUCACGAUGCCACAGUGAUGGGAUCAGAUCACACUAAUGUAACAGACGUGGACAGGCUAGAGAUUUUACCCAACUUAAAUACAUCUCCAAUGAACGAGACCAACAUGUUAGAAUUAUUUGCAAAUGAUCAUUGCUGCACAAGUCUUACAAACCAAGAUUUCUUUUUCAGCCUGAAUGAAAAUGGAUAUGAGAAAAUACAUUUCAUGCCAUUAACCAUGGAAGGAAAUUUUGACUUUGCAGAAACCUAUCAUUUUGAAGAACGAGAUUCAGAUUCUGGACUUUCUUUAGACUUAAAUUACAGUAAUGCAUCCCUUGUAUUGUCUUCUGACAAGGAUGCCAACUUUGGCAUAUCAAAUGAUUCAGUAGCUGUAAGAGAUGGUUGCUUACAAUAUUGCCAUACAAAGCAUCAAAGCAAUUAUGACUAUGGGACAAAAUUACUAGUAGGUAUAUUCCAUGAUCAUACAUACAAUCAGGAUUUACAACAGCUGACAUUCUCAGUAUCAGAGGAUUACUUAAGAUGGCCAGAAGAAUCCAAAAGAACUGAAAAUGAAAAUGAUACAAAUCAAAAUUGUGAAUACCAGGCAAAACCUCUGAAAAUUCCAUUCUCUGUUUAUGAUAUAGUGACCUUGCCUGUAGCGUCUUUUAAUAGCAUGUUAUCAAACUACUACCUAACAGAUAAUCAACGGUCACUCAUUCGUGAUAUAAGACGAAGAGGAAAAAAUAAAGUUGCUGCUCAAAACUGCCGUAAACGUAAACUAGAUGCAAUUAUGAACCUGAAAGAUGAAGUGUAUCGUCUUCAGAUGCAGACUGAAAAGCUUGAGAAACAGAAAGCACAAUACAAAAGGUCAAUUCGCAAUAUAAAACAAAAACUGAAUGAUCUUUGCUGGAACGUUUUCAGUAAAUUGAGAGAUGACCAAGGAACAAUUAAUACAAGCCAAUGUGCCCUUCAGUGUUGUGGAAAUCGUACUGUAUUAUUCUUACCUAAAAUAGAAAUCAACCAGGAGUCCCCAAACUGAAACAAUUAUGAUAGGCGAAAAUUUAAAAUCGUGCUUAAGGAUUGCAUUUGCAAGAAGCCAGAAGAAAAACUUCAAUUGUAUUCCUUGCCUAAUUUUACUGUUUUAAAGAAUUUCAACCUAGGUAACUUUAAAAAUAGACUAAACCCAUUUUAUAUUUGUUCAGUAUAAUUUAUUCAGCUUGCGCAUGGAUACGGAUGUUAAUGUGCUAACUACAUGACCACAGAAAAUCCUAUCACCCGCAAUUUCACUAGUUGCAGAUAAGGGAGCUUUUAAAAAUAAAAAAUAUCACUGCUUUUCAUGUACAUUGGGACAAUGGAUGUUCCUAAGAGUAACCAUGCAGGCCUUCACUAGCUAUUGGCAGUUGGGGCUGAGGUAUAUGAGCUAGCCUCCCACUCUUUCUGACAAAUAUUUGCUUUACUUUCCAUGCUCAGCUAGUU